AUGGCAAGGCAACUCAAGCUCGAACGUGCCGUGUGUAGUUUUAUCGGAAAUCUAGGAAUGGUCAACUACCAGUCGUCACAACGAACUUCUGACGGGGUACUGCUCGACCUAGCCAUCCAGCAGUUGACCGAACGCGUUGAUAUGGUUCGCUAUAUUAAAAAGUCUAUGACACCAGACGCUACAAAUGAAGCUACUAUUUGGGAAGCCAUUGGACUUUCCCGUCUCUCCCUCUGUUAUACAGCCCGCGGCCUCUCACAAGAGGCAAUAAAAUCUGCUCUCGGCUCUGUUGAGGCUGCUGCUAGUCUAAAAGACCCAACUGUGAUCACAAUGCCGCGGUUCUUCUACGGCCAUGCUUUACUAGGCAGCGCAAAGAAGCAUUAA